CGAAAAAAAAAAGUCAAGUCAACUGCUUGGUGCCCGUCCGACCACCGUUUGAGAAAAAUUAGCACACCGCAGCAGAAAACACUCGCCAAGUGGCGUUUUUUUUCUUUCUUGGUGCUUUUUCGGGGCGGCUUCUGGUUUAUCCUAUUUCUUCCGCUUCGAUCCAAGGCACUUCGGGCGUUACUCCAGCUUGGAGGCCUGUAGGUUCAUAGAGGAAUAGAGAGAGAAGCCCAGCAUUCAAACACUCACGCCCACCCGCGGACGAGCCGAGCCCUUCGAUCGCAGAAGGGAGUUGACCAUGGAGCCACCAGGCGCAACGGCACGCCUUUCGACGUCCCCAACCGUGACGUCCAAUACCAAACUUGAAUCGGUCGCGUCCAGACUGGACGAAGCGAAGUAUCCUGGCAGCACGUGGCCUGUCGGCCAUCAGCGCUCGCAGAUGGUAGCAGCGUGGCAGGGCAACUCAAUGCGACAGAUGCAAGAGCCACAAGUCGGUGGCGUUCCUCGUUCCGUGUUGCAACGGUUGCUAGGGAAGCCGGUUGAAAAUGCCCCAAACACGCCACUACACAGUCCUAGACGUCGAUGUUCGGCUGCGUCGGCUGCUAUGGUGUCCAUGGUGCACAGUCCGAGGACGUUUGCCAGUAACCCAUUGGAGAAACGAGACCCGACGGCUCAAACGGCGCCUUUUCCUUGCGUUUCGCCCAUGUUCCCCACCCCAGAGUUCGGUAGUUACGAGAGUAAUAUCCAUAGCAACUGCAGCAGCGGAUGCAGCAGUCCGACACCGAUCGGGAACUUCAUCGACGGGCCGAUUCCGUCCGACGAUGAGGACGAGAACGCAGAUGAAGUGACGAUGCUGCGUCAACAAGUGGCGUUGCUGGUCAAGAGCCUGGAGGACGAGAAGAAGCGACGCGCAUCGGAACAGCAACUCAUGCAGACCAAAAUCAUCGAACUUCAGACCUUAAUCCGAGGAACUGGAGAGGACGAGGAUACAGUCAGGACUCGAGAGAACGAGCGACUGGAGAAUAACCAAGUCAGACGAUGGUCAGCGCCACUGGAAGAAGACGAAGGCGUCGAGUCUUGUAGCUGUGCACAGAAGCCAACGGAUUCGAGCGGAGAGGCGACUACCAAGCUGCAACUCACGCGACUGCGAGCACGGAUGCACGCCAUCGUCAUCGACGCUCAACGGGAGACCCAAGCACUUCGAGCACAACUGGAAGGUGUGAAGCGAAGCCACAGUAAGAGGGAGAAGCAGCUCACACUCGAGACGACCAUCAAAGUCGCUGCUCUGGAGCAGAAGCACGCAGUUGCCACUAGUCGGCUCACUCAGCAAGUCGCAGAUAGUGCCGCUCAAGUGGAGAAGCUACAAGUUGAAAAACAGGAGCUGCUAGCGUGUAUCCAGACGCAACAAGAGCGUCUCCAUCAACUACAACUUGCUCUCGGCGGGAAGCAUAUCGUGGACGCCUCUAGGUGAUCGCAAGUCGGAAGCGCGGCCAUGAAUUAACUCUUAUAAAUGGUGUGUGUGCAGCCUCAAAUGACAAUAAAACAAGAGAGGAAAAGCGCAUCAGUCUGCAGGCUUCUAGACGAUCGAAAGUCUACCUGCUUGACGACUGCUCUGCCCCCCUGCUCUCUCCUGGCCAAAGCCUAAUGCACUUGCACCAUCAGGAUGUCACCACAACUAUAGAAUAAUAUCAAAACACACAGGGUCAGACCUCGGUAUAUUACGAAGACGCGUUAAACUUGACCCGGAUCUCCUCCUCGCCCAACAGACCGCCACUGAUCGAGUUGAUGUUGCCCGUGAACACGCGUCGUUCCCAUGUGGCGGUGUCGAAGUACAGGAACUGCGGCGUCAUCGAGCUGUUGGCUAAUGAGGGCCCCGUACUUGCGCUACUACCGAUGGAUCCGAUGCUGCCGUUGCCUGUUGCUCCAGUGGGGGAUCCGUUGCUUGAUGCUCCUACAGAGGAGCUCGCAUUGCCAGCCAACAGCGCAGCAUCUGCCGGGGACGCACGUUUCAACCACGUCUUUAACUCGGCAUGGUAUCUCCACUCUCGACUGUAAAGUUCCUGGGCGGCGUAGGCCUGCAGCACGUCCUUGGGCAUCGAGUAGAAGAUGAAGAAGAGCGUCUCGAGGUGGAAUUUGGACAAGUGCGUCGUCUUGAGCACCGGGGGCUGGUUGUAAUAGCACAUUGGCAACGAGAACUGCGGCUCUUUUGUCAGCUGCUCUUCAGACCAGGGCGAGGCGAACGUCGGGUACAGCGGUCUAUAGUAGCAGCAAACAAUUCGCCGCGUUAGAAGCAUAUAACCAACAGUAAAAUACCCUUGAGCUGCCAACAUACUCUGCCGAGUUGAGAUUUAAUCCCAGCGACGUGAGAUCGCAGCCCAUGGCCAAGUUCUUGGUCGCGUCGCCGUUGCCUGGUCGGAUGAUGGUGUGCAGCAUGCCCAGAAGUCCGUACUGAUUGCUCGGGUCCAGCUCGCCGUUGCUGGCUUCAGUCUGUUCAUCCUGUCGCGGCGCUCGGAAGUGAUCGAACGCUUCGGUGCCUAGAUUUACGCUGCCACUGGCUCCUGCUGCUUGCGUUGCUCCGCCUGCGCGACUACCUAUCGAAGUGCCUCCUUUCUGCUGCUCCAACCGUGAGGAUAACAUGCCGUCUGCUGCAGAGGAAGUGAAGCUCGAGUGUCUCUUUAACUCCGACGGUGGUCGCAUGGGACUCUUCUCACUCACACCAGGGCCAAACGUCGACAGCGCUGGGAAAUCCUCUUUCUGGAUCACAAACUCGGACGGUUGUGCACGCAUCCGCUCGGCUGCUGUGCCUUCGAAGCUCGAGUCCAGCGACAACGACCCCAUCCUGUUCACCAUAGUUAAUUCUUCGUUGCAGCAUUGGAACAGCAGACAUAUUCCGCCUACCUAGAGCCUAGAGCAGGGAACUCGGACAUGUCUGGAGCCUUAUUCUCGGUCGGCAUUGGGAAACUCCGUCCUGUUUAAGAAACAAAUAAAAAAAUCAUGAAUUAUUAUCAAUAAUGCC